AUGAAGUUUACUGCCCUUAUUGCGCUCCUCUUCGCUAGCGCCGUCGUUGCGGCACCCAUCAUCGACCUCAACGCUCGUGAAGCCAACCCCAAUCCUGAAGCCGACGCAGAGCCAUGCUGCCCUACCUGCGCGAAGUGCUGGUAG